AUGCUCGUUCUCGCAGCUUUCUCUAGAUCUCACCCUAUCGUGUCUCAAUUCGAUGAACACUUGUCUAGAGUAAAAUCAUCUUCAGAGGCUACGUCUUCUUGCCUUUCAUCCUUCACCUGCAGACUAGGUGACCUUGAAAACUUAUUUGAUUACACGGAAGAUUUGCUUCAAUUACAACACAUUCAACAAGCCGUGCCACUAGAGAAGUUGGAUGAAUUAUUAGAGGGGUACCUCAAGGUAUUAGACGUUUGUGCCGCCAUCAAAAAUCUCUUGUCGAAUGAAAAGCAAAAUAGACAAGACCUUCUUUCAGCUCUUCGUAGAAGACGGAAUAUGGAUGACAUUUCUAGAAAAAUAACUUGCAUCAAAAAGCCUGAAACAUCGGCUAUUGUUGGAGAAUUGCAGGAUACCCAGUUAGUCACUCUAGGACUAUUUAAGGCCUUGUUGUCGUAUGUCAAUGGAACGGGAUCUCAAUCAAGUAGUUGGUCAAUGCUGUCCAAGAUUAUGCCCUCGAAAAGUGAGGAAGUAGAAGCCAAUGAGUUUGAUAAUGUUGACGCUGCUUUGUGCUCGCUUCUCAGUCAUAUUAAGACUAGCAAUACGAAGAAUUGCAGAAUCAGUUGCGAGAGAUGGAGGCAAACAUUGAGGUUCUUGAAGAAGGUCUCGAAUGCUUCUUCAGGCGCUUAA